AUGUACUCAGAGUGGAGAUCCUUGCAUCUUGUCAUUCAAAAUGAUCAGGGGAAUACCAGUGUCCUGCACAGCUAUCCUGAAAACGUGGGGAGAGAAGUGGCAAAUGCAGUGGUGCGUCCUCUUGGACAAGCUUUAAUUACGUCAUCCGUUGGAAGUGAGAGUUUACUAAAGACAGACAAAGAAGUAAAAUGGACUAUGGAGGUGGUUUGUUACGGACUGACCCUCCCUCUGGAUGGCGAUACUGUGAAAUACUGUGUCGACGUAUAUACAGAUUGGAUUAUGGCUCUUGUGUUACCUAAGGACUCCAUUCCUUUGCCGGUUAUUAAGGAACCAAAUCUUUAUGUUCAAAGCAUUCUCAAACAUCUCCAAAAUCUCUUUGUACCGAGGCCGGACCCAGGGUCUAGUCAGAUCAGAUUGUGCUUGCAGGUUUUGAAAGCUGUCCAGAAACUGGCUCGAGAAUCGACAAUUAUGGCAAGAGAAACCUGGGAGGUUUUAUUAUUAUUUCUUCUUCAGAUCAAUGACACUCUUCUAGCAGCUCCAACUGUGCAAGGUGGCAUUGCUGAGAAUCUGGCUGAAAAAUUAAUUGGCGUGCUGUUUGAGGUGUGGUUACUGGCUUGUACGCGGUGCUUUCCAACACCACCUUACUGGAAAACUGCCAAAGAGAUGGUGGCCAACUGGCGACAUCACCCUGCAGUAGUUGAACAGUGGAGCAAGGUCAUCUGUGCCCUCACUUCCAGAUUGCUGCGUUUUACAUAUGGACCUUCAUUUCCUCCAUUUAAAAUUCCCGAUGAAGAUGCUGGUCUGAUUCCUCCUGAAAUGGAUAAUGAGUGUGUUGCACAAACUUGGUUUCGCUUUUUACAUAUGCUGAGUAAUCCUGUGGAUUUGAGUAACCCAGCCAUUAUUAGCUCUACCCCCAAAUUUCAGGAGCAGUUUCUGAAUGUGAGUGGGAUGACUCAAGAACUGAAUCAGUACCCCUGCCUUAAACAUCUGCCUCAGAUAUUCUUUCGUGCCAUGCGUGGAAUCAGCUGUUUAGUGGAUGCAUUCCUAGGCAUUUCACGACCCCGAUCAGAUAGUGCACCACCCACGCCAGUCAACAGGCUGAGCAUGCCCCAGAGCACCGCUAUCAACACCACUCCACCCCACAACCGGAGGCAUCGGGCAGUGACUGUGAAUAAAGCAACGAUGAAAACCAGCACUGUAACUACUGCACAUACUUCAAAAGUGCAGCACCAACCCUCCUCUAGUUCUCCACUCUCUAGCCCAAACCAGACAAGUUCUGAGCCACGGCCACUACCAGCUCCUCGCAGGCCAAAGGUUAACAGCAUCUUGAACCUUUUUGGAUCAUGGUUAUUUGAUGCAGCAUUUGUUCACUGUAAACUUCAUAAUGGAAUAAACAGAGACAGCAGCAUGACUGCCAUAGCAACUCAAGCUAGCGUGGAGUUUCGCCGGAAAGGAUCACAAAUGUCCACAGAGACAAUGGCUUCCAACCCCAUGUUUGAUGCGAGUGAAUUCCCAGACAACUAUGAAGCGGGAAGGGCAGAGGCGUGCGGGACACUGUGUAGGAUAUUUUGUAGCAAGAAGACUGGGGAGGAAAUAUUACCAGCUUAUCUAUCCCGAUUUUACAUGCUUUUAAUUCAGGGUUUGCAGAUAGCAGAUUUCAUUUGCCACCCUGUUCUUGCCAGUGUUAUUCUAAACUCCCCUCCUUUGUUCUGCUGUGACCUGAAGGGGAUUGAUGUCGUGGUUCCUUAUUUCAUUUCGGCUCUUGAAACUAUUUUACCUGACAGAGAACUCUCAAAGUUUAAAAUCUAUGUAAACCCCACAGAGCUAAGAAGAGCUUCAAUUAACAUCUUGCUGUCUCUGCUUCCUCUCCCUCAUCAUUUUGGAACCAUAAAGUCUGAGGUUGUCCUGGAAGGGAAAUUCAGCAAUGAUGAUGGCUCAACAUGUGAUAAGCCAGUAACCUUCCUUUCCUUGAAGCUGAGACUUGUGAAUAUACUUAUAGGAGCUUUGCAGACGGAAACAGAUCCCAACAACACUCAAAUGAUACUAGGUUAA